CCUUCAGUCAUUUCUCCUCUCAUCCAGUCCUGAUUACUGUUUAUAACAUUGCAUAGAAAGAAACUCACCGACUUAACUUUCUAUUGAGAAUUUGGGGUUUGAGGAUCAUUUUAAUUCAUUUUUAAGCUUUGUUCACUUGAGGUUUUCAGGAAGACAUGUUUGGUCUGAAGAGCACCCUGGGUCUUCUGGCUCUGAUGGUAGUUUGUGUCACAGCUGAGGAGAAGAAGGUUAAAUCUGUCUCUCAAAGGAUUGAGGAAGCCAACAGGAACAUUGUCAGAGCGACUGAUGGGUUCUUUGUGGAGGAUGACACUGCCUUUGACUCUGAAAGUGAGAGGAACGCUGACCCCUGCACCUCCCACAACUGCAAGUGGGACCAGGCCAGUAACGGCAUGGUGUACGUGCCGUACGUCAUCGCAGACCACUACACUUCUCGAGAGCGGGCCAUCAUCGAACGUGGCCUUCAGUCCUUCAGCAGUGUCUCCUGCAUCCGAUUCGUCCCUCGCAUCAGUGAAAGAGAUUACAUCCACAUCCAGUCUCUGGACGGGUGCUACUCCUAUUUGGGCCGGCGUUUCAAUGAGCAGGCGUUGUCUCUGAAGCGUAACGGCUGUCUGUACCAUGACAUAGUGCAGCAUGAGCUGCUGCAUGCUCUGGGAUUCAAACAUGAGCAGUGCCGCUCUGACCGAGAUGAGCACAUCCGCAUCCUGUGGGAGAACGUCAUUCCUCGUUGGGAGUAUGCCUUUGACAAGAUCAACACUCUGAACCAGGGAACCUCCUAUGACUACAACUCUGUCAUGCAGUACAGCAAGUAUGCCUUCUCCAAGAACAAAAAGCCCACCAUGGUGCCAAUCCCGGACCCCAACGUUGAGUUCGGCAUGGCUACUGAGAUGAGCCAGAAUGACAUCGACAGGCUUAACAGACUGUACAACUGCAAAUAGACUGGUUUGAGAGCACCAGUCCGAUGGCUGAAGCACAAGACGUGAUUACUGCACCUUCGUUCAGUUUGAAUCUUGUUUUCAAAAUUGUUUAAUUACAUCAGACAUAACUGGGCCUCCACAUGCAGACGCUCAGUCAAAAUAUAUUUAGAUUUGUAGUCAAAAGUCACAAUUAAACAUUUGGCCUAAUUACUUAUCUGACAUUACUGUGUGUUUUGUUCUGCACAGGACAUUACUGUAGGUGAUUUUUCUUUUUCUUUUAACCAACAUCACUUGACUCCUGUAGGGAUAUUAUUAUUAUUUGU